AUGAUAGUUGACCUCUCUCCUCUAGUUUCAGAUUCACAGCAAUUAAAGCUCACUCAGAUCUCCGGGAAGCUACAGUCUGGGAGGACUGGGCCAGUGAAGUUGGAAUGCCAACCUAUUGGGUCUGAUUUAAGGGAUUAUGGGGUGUUCUGGUUCAGACAGAGGAAAGACGCAUCAUCUCCAGAGUCAAUAAUGUAUCAAUCUAACAUGGCCAACAAAGUAACACAAAGCAAUUUACCAAACAAAGAGAGUUUCAAGUCAACUAAAGGGGGUACUAGCUACAACCUGGAAAUCAAUCCAUUUGGAGAGAAGGACCAAGGGAUCUAUUAUUGUCUGGUUAAUAGUAAAUCGGUCCUGUAUAUCAUCCCUGGGGUCUCCCUCUACUAUGCUACAGGUACUGUAUGGUCUAUAAUACCAAUCAACAUUAACAUGCACCACAACACAGCAGGAACUAAACUAUAAACUCAUAGAUGGCAGAUAUCUAAUUAUACGUCAAUAUACAUAUAUAUAUAAUGUGUAAAAUAUACAGAGAGACCAUGUUUAUCUAUAAUGCACAGAGAGAACAUGUUUAUAUUCAGAGGUGUACCCUUGCGCCCUUGGUAUCUAGCGCCUUUGGCCCCUCUGUGUGUCUCCUCCCCCAAAGUGUGUGUGUGUGUGUCUCUUCCCCUCCAAGCCCCUUUACGUAUCUCCCCCCCCAAGCCUCUCUGUGUCUUCCCCCUCCAUGUGUUUCAUUUACCCCAGCCUAUCCAUGUGUCUCAUGCCCCUCCCAGGGCCGGCGCUACCUGUUAGGCGGACUAGGCAGCCGCCUAGGGCGCCCCUUAGGAGCACCAGUCCCCCUCAUGCUGCACCCGCCCCGAGUGAUCUGUAGAGAGCCUCAGGCGGCUGCAGCUUUGCCCGGGCUGGUCCGUCCAUGAGGGCGCACCGCCCAGGCGCAGCAUGAUGAGAGGGGCUGACAGGAGGGAAGCGCUCAGCGCUCCCUCCUGUCACUCCCUCACUGUAGCGUGGCCGAGCUCUGUAUGGUCCGCGGGUACAGGGAGUACUCAGUGUGCACUUCCUUUUAGUCCGGCCGGGUACAGGAAACAAAAGCUCCCUGUACCCGCGGACCAUACAGAGCUCGGCCACGCUACAACAGUGGUAGGGGGGGAUAAAGAAAUUGGAAGGGGUGGUGGGGAGAAGGAAAUUGGAGGGGGGGAAGGAAAUUGAAGGAGGGAGAAAAUUUGAGGGAUAGGGGAGAAAUUGGGGGAGAUUGACAUCCAUCACACACACACAAUCACACACAAUGCACCCCUUGCACACAGAAAAACACACAAUGCAUUACACACACACAGACACACAUACACAAGCAAUGCAUCCCUUACACACACAGAAACACACAAUGCAUUCAUUACACACACUCAAUGCAUCCCUUACAGAUGCACACACUGCAUCCCAUACAUACACAAACACAUCUUGCAGCCCUUACACAUACAAACACAGAUUCACACAAUGCAUUCCUUACACACAUCAGGACAUCCCCUACACACACCACCCCCUGUGAACAAACUCAUUGGUGGAACAUGAAGGUGGACCCUGGGACCCAGACCUUGAGCUGUGUAAAGGGCCCCCAAAAAAUGGAGCUGCUUCCCAUUCUCCCAGAACAUUGAUUUUUGUGACCACAGUUACAAACCGCCUCCAGAGAGCCUGUUCUACACCAGACCAGUGGAGCCAGACUGCAGCUAGAGCCCAUCAUCAUCCUCAUCUGGUUGUAAGUAGGCAAUCUAGUAUAUUAUUCGUGGCACUAAUCUCUAAUUUACCUCACAUUAAAGAAACACUAUAGUCCCCAGAACCACUUCAGCUUAAUGUAGUGGUUCUGGUGUCUAUAGCCUGUCCCUGCAGGCCUUUUAAUGUAAACACGGCGGCACUGCAGCACUGGCGUUAGUUAACAUGGCAGAUCAUAUGGGUGGGGCAUUGUGAUGUCACAUGGGGGGGGCGGCAAACUUUACUUUUGCCUAGGGCGGCAAAAAUCCUUGCACCGGCCCUGGCCCCUCCAGCCACUCAAUGUGUCUCAUUCACCCCCCAGUCACUCCAUGUGUCUCAUUUAAUCUUAACCUCUCCAUGUGUCUCAUUUACCCCCUGCCUGUCCCUCCAGCCCCACCAUGUGUCUCAUUAACCCCCAGCCCAUCCAUGUGUCUCAUUUAACUCCCUCAGCCCUUCCAUGUGCUCCAUGUGUCUCACUUACUCCCCCAGUCCCACUAUAUGUCUCAUUUACCACCUCCCAGCCCUACCAGCCCCUCUAUGUGUCUCAUUUACCCCUGCAUGUGUUUUCUUUACCACCACCCCCAGUCCCUCUAAUACCUGCUGACCUGCAUAUUGCGUGGCUGAGUCACGGUACCACUCCGUGAACAUUAACUGCCAGAUCGGUUAGAGGCUAUGAAAGCUCCUCUCCAGUGGCUCGGCCACGCUACUUGGAGAGGCGGUCAUCCGGCAAUCGCUCCCUGUAGGUUUGCCGGCCUACCAGGAAAUUUCCUGGUAUCCCGGUGGACCAUCUGGCCAUCUGGCUCCUGCCUCGGCCUGCGCCCCUGUUUAUAAUACAUAGAGAGAACAUAUAUAUAUGUAUAUAAAAUACACAGAGAGAGCAUGUUUAUCUAUAAUAGACAAAUACAAAAUGUUUAUCUGUAAUAAACGGGUAGAACAUUUUUAUCUUUAAUAAAUAGAGAGAACAUAUAUAUAUAUAUAUAUAUAUAUAUAAUACACAGAAAGAAAAUAUGUAUCUAUAAUACAUAGGGAGAACGUGUUUAUUUAUAAUACACAGACAGUCUAUCUAGGUUGGUGGUGGUUGGAGAGGAUCUAUCCUGUAAAAGAUGGGACUUUACUAGACAAGGAUUUAUAUUGUUAAUAUUGUUAUAAUUCACUAGUAAAAUAUUUAAUUUUUCCAUAAUAUUGCUAUCUCUGCAGUAUUACACAAAAUCUCCUUCACACAAGAUAAUGUUUUAUAGUUUUAAGCUCUAUAUUGUAAAUAACAUAUAAUAAUAAUAAUAAUAAUAAUAACAAUAUAAUAAUAAUAAUAAUAACAAUGUCCAUUUAUUCACACCAUACCUACACACGGGGAGUGACAGAAUACAGAGAAGGAAGAUCCACAAAGUAUAAAGUUAGACUUUUCCUAGGGCUCCAAGGACUGUACUUUAGCAUUUAAGCACUUUAAUUACAUAUUUGAAUGUGGGGAUAAUGGUCCAGAGUCACUAGUCAUUUAAUUUAUAGCCAUACAAAAAUAUAACUUAAUUUAGACCUACUUAUUGCUUAUAAUGCAAUUUAUAUCACUUCCCCUGAAUCGUAUCCUCGGAAAAGGAAGGUUACCUUUACAGCCCAGCUCCAGCAUUUGGCAAAUAAAUCAUAUUUUACUCUACUUGAGUGUAAUAGUGAUAUAUAGCCACCAGUCGUUUAGUUUAGUACAUUGCGCUUGUGCGAUUAGGUUUUUUUAGGACAUUUUUUAAAAUGUGGGACAAUAUCCCAGGACAAUUAUUUAGUGGGACAGGAGGCCAAAAACCGUAUCUGUCCCAUGCAAGCUGGAAGAGCACUCUCAGCCAAUGAGCACAGCCGUGCAUGGCUUAGCUCAGUGGCAGGAUCCUCCAGCAGCAGGGGAGGCAAUGGUGGGUUGUAGUAGUUAUGGUGCUUGCAGUGUUCCAUUAAAAGCCUGGAUGUGUGUUUGGGAGUGGAAGCACGUGUGAUGUGUGUGAGGUGACUGCGUGUGUUGUUUAGGUUUACAUAUAUACACACACACAGAUAAUACAUAUACACAGAGAAAAAUACACACACACACAGAUAACACAUACACACAAAGAUCACAUUACAUAUUUUUAGCCACCCCCUGCCUCCAUAUCUUUUGGUGCGUGAAAUUGGCUUUCCGGGGUCCAAUGGCAUCUGACUGAGUCUGAUGGGAAUCUGGUCGGGGUCUUCCUGCUCUCUAUUGUCCUUCCCUCUCUCCCGCAUGGCUCGUUGGUAAGCUGGGAGGAAGUGACUUGUACUCACUUCCUCCCAGCACCUCAGGUUUCACACUGAGUGAGAGUCAGUCAGUCUUGUGCGCAUUCACCAGGCUAACAUGUCAAUUCUUCAGGUGUUUCUGCCGCCUUUCUAUAUGAAUCUACCCCUUUGGGUGGUGCCAGUAAUGCAGGUUUCCCCUAAUACCAGAAAAUGCUGGAUAACCUUUAUAUGACCUUAUCAUUAGUCAAAAUUGUUUAGUUGAGCCAUAAUAGGGAGAAGAAGUAGUUAGAUCUUUGGUUGCGGAGGUAUUUUUCCUCCACUAAUACAUGUAUUAUAUAUAAUUAUUGUCUGCUCUCUCCAAAGUUACAACUAAAGCUUCAGUGCCAGAGACACAAUCAAAAAAAACACCAAUUACACCUAUCUUCACAGACCAAAAGUGUGACUGCAACACUGCCACAGCAGGUAUUUCAAAACUCUUAUACUAUUUUUAUGUAUCCCAGAUAGGUGAAACGCGUUGGGUACUUAUCUCAGUGUCACAGAAGGUUACAAUGUCUUACACGGGACUAUGUUUCCUGCAACAUGUUAAUUAACAGAAAGUACACGCUUGUCACUCCAUAUUCUUAUAGACACCAAAAGCGAUAUGUAGGCAUUUGCAUGUUCCAUUUUUAUUUCUUCAUAUAUGUGUUAUGAGGACUAGUAAAUGUAUUGCAAACCUCUGACAAUGUGAAUUGUUUCACAGUUUUUUCACCUCCUUUUCACUACCACCUCAUUCUGGUUCCAAUGGGUGCUUUUAGUGCCUUUACACUUUAUAUUCACACUGGCACAGGAUUUUUUUUAUAAACCCCUACACUAGCAAGCAAUUCUUGUUUGAAGAAAUAUUAGCAUCACAUUUAUUUGAAACAUGGGGUGUACAGCUAGCCCAUAGGUGUAUGAUAAAACAACAAAUUUAGCUUGCAGUUCAAACAUAAAAAAAUAUGCAAAUUGGCACUUUUUUUUUUUUUGGUACGUCCAUUUUUUUAAUAUUAAGAAUGAAAAGUUUUAUGUUGAAAUAUUUUCGAAUGUAAAAAAUAAUCUCUUCCUUUGAGCAUAGUGUCUACAUAGAAGAAGUACAAUUAAACCAAACAUUUCUAAAAUAAAGGUAUUUAGAACAGAUUUAGAGCAAUCUCUUAAAUACUAAUGCAAUUCUACAAAGGCUUACGAGAGACCCAAUUCACUCCACUACCCUCUUGGACUGUAGGAAUGGUAAGACCUUUAAAUCUUCCUUUACUGUUUGGAAGGAAUUUGGGAGGGGGGUUAUUUGCAGGACAUUUGUAGACAUUCAUUUGGUUAAAUGUAAUCCCUUUAUAUGCUGGCUUGAAGCUAAAUGAGACUUUAUGGACUAAAUAUAAUUUUGCAAAGGGAAUGAGAGUUAAAAAAAAAACCUAUGCAUACACACUUUUGGUAGUGAAGAGGUUAACUUCAUACCCAUGUUGUUUGUAGUGGAUGCUUUUUGAAAAAGUUCCCAAAAUACUGCCAUCACUAGGUACAUGUUAAGUGGCGAUACCACUAAAGGGCACGCUGCUUCCACUAUACCCAUAAACUUCCUGCUAUAUCAUAAAAGCACUCACCACAUCCUGGCUAAAAAUGUGUAUCAUUAUUCUAUUAAACUGUUAACUCACUGCUUGAUAUAAGUCUGCCUUUUAUACUAUGUAUCAUCAUCAUGUUUUAGGAUUCAUCAUACAUUUCUGCAGUUACCCUUAAUAAUAGAGCACUCUUUUAAACACAGCUUUUCAAACCAAAGCAUUGGACAAAUUACUUAAAUCCAUCCAUAGAUUGUCAGUUCCAACCUUUUGAGGCUUGCCAACACUGUGUUAGUUCUAGUUUAGGAGUCUCUCUGUCAACAUUUAGCUGAGUACUAAAUAUGUUGUGACAUCAAAACAUGAUGAAACUUUUAGAUCAAAACCUCCCUAAAUUAAUGCAUUUCUCAAAAUGAAACCAGACAGAAACAUCCCACAUUGCUAAAAAGAAACAUUCAUGGUAUGUCCCAAUACUAACAUGUUAAUUCCAGAUACUAACAUGUUAAUUCCAGAUAAUAACAUGUUAAUUCCAUGGAUACCAUAUUUAUAGUCUUGCGUAGAAUAAGUUCUCUCCAUCUUUCUCUAACACUCUCUACACUAGGGCUGGGCAAAUGGUAGAUCCCCAGAUAUUGUAGAACUACAACUUCCACGAUGCUUUGCCAUUCUAAAGGCUGGCAAAGAAUCAUGCCAAAUGACUGUUAUGGUUUGGUUCCUUUAAAUGUUCUAUGCGUUUAAAGAUAUUCUAUGUUAUGUUCCUUUAAAAGUUUGGAAUCCUUUCACAGGAACUGACUGCUGCAGCCGAGGUGUAUUUACACGCACACUGUCAGUGCGUUAUUGCAUUGAUAUUGUGUCUGUUACCCUUCGCCUGUCUUCCCAUUCACCUCUCUCCACUCUAGGUCCAUUCGCCCCGAACGCCUCCUCUCGGGUUCCCUUAAGCCUCUGCAAAAGCCUCAUAGUUCCUCGAAUUGAUCUUCUGGAUUUCGAUCUUGGCUACAAUAAUUCCCUCUGGUCAUUGGCCUCGGACUGA